UAAAUAAAAUCAUACCGGUACAGAUACAAGUUGUUGUUGGUUUUUUUUCCUUCUAUUUUUUAUUUCUACAAAUAUUUUGUGCUUGCACCAGCUUGCACCAGCUUCAAUAAUGGUUAAAGUUUGGUAUAUGGAUAAUAGUAAUGAUGAUCAACGUCUAGAACAUCAUCGAGAACCACCAAAAUAUCUUACUGUUGAUCAACUUUUUCAAACAACUGGAGUUGAAUAUUUUGAGAUUGAUUAUAAAAAUUAUUUGACUGAUGAUAAGCUAAAAAAUUUAAAAGAUAAACGAGGAUAUUCUUAUGAAGAUGAAAUUGUUUGCUCCAAGGAAUGUCUACAAAAUUAUGAAGAAAAGUUGAAAAAUUUUUUUACUGAGCAUUUGCAUACUGAUGAAGAGAUACGUUUGGUCUUGGAUGGUUCUGGAUAUUUUGAUGUAAGAGAUAAUAAUGAUGAGUGGAUCAGAAUUCAAGUUGAACCAGGUGAUUUGAUCAUAAUACCAUCUGGUAUUUAUCACAGAUUUACACUUGAUGUCAACAAUUUUAUAAAAGCCAAGAGAUAUUUUGUUGGUGAGCCAGUAUGGCUUCCUUACAACAGACCAGCUGAUAAAAUGGAUUGUCGACAUGAAUAUCUUGAUCGUUUGAACAAGGGUUUUUCAAUAAACACAAAUUAAUUUCAAUUGUCAACUGGACCAAUUAUUGAUUUAUCAAUAAAAACAACAGCAAAAACAUGUACAAUAUAAAAUAAUUUUAUUACCUCAUCUUGCAUUUUGGUUCUUAUCAUAUAAUAUAAAAUAUUUUGCUUAAAAUUAACACAAUGUAUGGUGUAAAUGUUUUUUUUUUUUUAAUUAAUUAUCAUACAAUUAAGUGAAGAUGAAAUAGUUGGAAAAAAUAGUAAGGCACUUAAAUUUUUAUUCCUCCAAAUAAACAACUGAAUGAAAAAUAAUAAAUUAUCAUGAAAUAUUAACAAUUAAUUGCUGAAUAUUUUAGUCAAACAAUAUAUAAAAAUUUAAAAUUAAUUACGUAUAUUUUAUGAUAAAGACAAGAUAAUAAUUGAUAAGUCAAUUUUCUUAAUAAUUAAUAACAUCUUAGUACUCGUUUGUGUUUGCACAUAAAAAAUCGAUUACCUUGAAGUAAAGUCUUGUGAAAUUAAUAAUUGUUUUUUUUUUUUUUCGAAUUUAAAAGUCAGCAUCAAGUCUAAAUGUGUUGGUGUCACCAGAAUUCA